UUUUUUGUCAUUGAAUCUCUUUGUUUUGUUUCUCCGAUCUCUGCAUCAGUGAAGGCCGAAGCAGCCUUCCAGGACGAUGGGGACAGCGAGAGCGACUCCUCUUCCAGAAGCGAACCGGUUGAGUGGCAACCCACGACGCGGCCACGACGUGGGGGCAUGUACCACUGCGAGUUCUGCCCUUACUCCAGUCGCAUUCUUUCUCAUGUCACCAAGCACGAAAGGACACACACAGGAGAGAAGCCUUUCCGCUGCUCUGUCUGCGAGAGAGUGUUUGCUACAAUCAGUACUUUACGAAGUCACAUAAGGACUCACACGGGUGAGAAACCAUUCAGUUGCGAGGUUUGCCAGAAGGCGUUCACCAGGAGUCAUGACCUCAAGAUUCACAGAAGAGCACAUUUUGGCGAAAGCCCAUACCAAUGUGGCACGUGUGAGAAAGGAUUUACGAAAAGAGUUCAUUUGUUAUGUCAUGAGAGGGCCCACAGUGGGGAGCGGCCUUACAAGUGUGAUGCCUGUGGGAAAACGUUUGCCCACUUAAGCGUUUUAAGUAGGCAUAAAAAAGUGCACAAGUGAGGGAUCUGUUGUUCACCUAAGGUGAGAAACAGAGGCAUAUUCACAGUUCUAAACAUUAUGAGUUGCGGUUAGGCAACAGCCAUAGUUCUGGUAUGUAGCAUUCUUAUUUUGUUUUGAAUUGCCUUAUUAUAGCUGCUUUUAUCUUCUUGGUAAAUAUUAGCUUUAGGUCCUAUGGAGCUACGUUCGACGCUUCAUUUUGAGUGUAUGAGGAAGCUGAGUAGUUUCUCUCUUAGCUCGGAGAUUUCAAAAAUCUCAAGUAUGAUGUAGUUAAUUUCCAACUUUAUCUGUGAAAAGUGAAAUUUAUGUUUAUUUCUUGUUUCGUUCACACUGAUGUAUCACUUUCAUGCAGUUGUCGAACUCUUAUUCUUUUACAACUGUACUUUUCCUCUUGCUACAAAAAAAAAAUGCAAAAGCUGCAAUUAAAGUGUACAUAAAAAAGAA